GGUCCGAACGUGCUGAGGAGCCAGGACGUGGCGGUCGAUGCCCCUGCGUGGUAGUGUUCUGCGGAUCAGAGAUGGACGUGGGCAAACUCCCAUGCGGCAGCUCAGAACGCGGCGCGAGUUGGGCACCGGCUGCCGCUGCUAGGGCUGGGGACGAGCGAGAGGAGGCGUUCGGUCCUGCCGACUCGGGGAGGCAGGAGGGAGCGCAUCGGGGGGAUGCAGGCUUACGUUGUACGAUGUGUACGGGAACCAACUCUGGCGGGAAACGGUUUAACGGGCCAAACUGCAGCAGAGCUGGUUUCUGCAGCUGUGAAUCAAACGACUGUUCAGCUGGAAGUUUCAUGCGGCAAAGCAAAGUUAACAGUGAGCAGCUGAAUUGGAGCCAGUCUCACAGAGAUCUGAUGAUGAUGAUCCAAGAAAUGAAAAGGUGUUUACCUGAAGAGAAAAGGAGUUCCAGCAAGCCCAGUACCAUCAGUGCUCUCAACUAUGCCUUGCAGUGUGUCCAACAGAUCCAGGCAAACAAUGACUUUUUCCAGGCUCUGAAUGACCGAAGAGUGUUUCAGACAGAUGUGAUGACAUACAGCAUAGAAGAGUUGAUGGCAGUUGCGUCUGAACACACUCCAAAAAACACUGACACAUUUGUGGCUGUGUUUUCCUUGCUUUCUGGACGCAUAGUGCAUAUUUCUGAGCAGGCAGCAUCCAUUCUAAACUGUAAGAAGAAGGUCUUGAACUCCUCCCGGUUUGUAGAGCUGCUUGUCCCUCAGGAUGUGAGUGUGUUCUACACACACACCGAUCAGUCCCACCUGCCGCUUUGGAACAUGGAAAGUCAAACAGCUUCUCUGUAUGAAUAUGCCCAGGUGAAAUCCUUUUUCUGCAGGAUCAGGGGUGGUAAAGAUGAAGAACGAGAAACGUGUUGUUACCCCUUCCGAAUCACCCCAUACUUGGUCCAUGUGUGUACUUCUGUCCAUGUGGAUGCAGAAUCCUGCUGCUUAGCUUUGGCUGAGAAAAUUCACUCUGGAUAUGAAGCUCCUCGAAUUCCUAUGGACAAAAGAGUCUUCACCACCACUCACACCCCUGGAUGUGUUUUUCUUGAGAUAGAUGACAGAGCAGUGCCUUUGUUGGGUUACUUACCUCAAGAUUUAAUUGGAACAUCCAUACUGAUGUAUUUGCACCCAGAAGAUCGUCCUUUGAUGAUUGCUAUUCACCGGAAAAUCCUGAAAUUUGCUGGCCAACCCCCUUUUGAACAUUUACCUAUUAGAUUUUGUACUCAAAAUGGGGAUUAUGUCAUACUGGAUACCAGCUGGUCCAGUUUUGUGAAUCCUUGGAGCAGGAAAGUAGUGUUCAUCAUUGGCCGACACAAAGUCCGGACAAGCCCUCUGAAUGAAGAUGUCUUUGCUGCAAGAAGUAAAGAAACGAGCAGUGUUGAGAAAGAGAUAAGAGAAUUGCAAGGACAAAUUUACAAGCUGCUUCUGCAGCCAGUUCACAGCAAUGUUUCCAGUGGUUAUGGAAGCCUUGGAAGCAAUGGCUCUUAUGAACACUAUAUCAGCAUAGCAUCUUCAAGUGACUCCAAUGGGAAUUGUGCAGAGGAAAUACAGGAACCAAUGACAUUGCAACAAGUUUGUGCAGAUGUCAACCGAAUAAAGAAUCUGGGACAGCAGCUGUAUAUUGCGUCAAGGAGCAAGCCACAGAAUGGAAAUGAACAGGCUGUGAGCUCAGAAAUUCUAGGAGGGAAGAGGCACGCUGCUUCCUGUUUUCUUCAGACAUUGAGAAGUGAUAGCACAGAAGAACCAGGCAAUGCAUUUUAUGAUGAUUCAAAGAAGACUCCACGUGUUCCUUCCUAUCAGCAGAUCAAUUGUGUUGAUAGUAUCAUCAGAUAUCUAGAGAGCUGCAGUGUUCCAGCAUUGAAAAGGAAAUGUAAAUCUUCUGCUAAUACAUCAUCGUCAUCUUCAGAAGAUGACAAGCAAGUCCAGCAAAGUCAGCAGGAAGCCAAGGCAUUGGAAGCAGUUAAUGCCCAAACUCCAAUAUCUGUUGAUCGGGAAGAGAUGCUGAAAGACCAGACAACUGCAGGCAUGGCGGGAGCUCCUCUGGCAGACCUGACCCUGUCCAACAAGGCUCCAAGUGUGGUGUCUGUCACCAGCCAAUGCAGUUACAGCAGCACUAUAGUGCAUGUCCCACACCCUGAAUCAGAAGUGACUACAAUGGAGGAUACUACUGUUGGAAGUGAACAAAUUGAGCUGCCUCCUGUGAAUGCUCAGAGUCUCACUAUGGUACCUGAGGACUUAAAGCCAGUUGGGCUAACAAAAGAGACAUUGUCAGCCCACACUCAAAAGGAGGAGCAGAACUACGUUGACAAGUUCCGCCAGAGGAUCUUGCUCUCUCCAUUUAGGACUUACCUUCAACAGGAGAGCAGAAGUAACAACGGACGUUCCUGCGGCCAAGGAGAUUCCCCUUCAAAGCAGAUGAGCCCAGCUAGCUGUAAAAAAGGCAAACAUGGAAAAUUCAAGCGCCAGAAACCUCAGAGACAGCCCUCAGAUAGCCACUCUUCUAGUAAAAAUAGAAAUAGUCUUCCAUGUGAGAAGAGAACAAUUCAGAAACAGUCAUUCUCUCCUUCAGAAGUGUCCUAUCUGAGCUCCUCCAGUAUGAAUGUCCUUCCUCCUCUGGGAUUUCCUGUCUAUUCGGAUCCACUAUCUAGUUUUCCAGCCUCUUCUGUAGGAGAGGAGCUUGUCCUUCACUCGUUAAAACCUGAGUCCGUGUCAUCAUCACAACUAUGCUGUGAAGCACAGUCAUGCCCAGCGCUUCAUCCCCCAAACAUAGGCAUGUUUAUGGCUGUAUUUUUUCAGGGUUUCCCCAUGUAUGCCCAGAUGCCUCAAUACGUCUUUCUUCCUAGCCCUCAGUAUGUUUAUCCCCCCUCUUCAUAUCCAUGCACUACACUACCUCCAGCCCCCCCUCCUUCUGCUCCAUCACCAAUAGCACUGCACUCUGUGGAUCAGCCCUUUCCAGCCUCUUCUGCCACAUCCAUGGAGGGCCAGCGUGACCAAGCCCUACUGCUGAGUAGCUCACGGAGCAGUUCCCCACUUCAGCUGAAUUUGCUUCAAGAAGAACUGCCAAAACCUAUGGAGCUUUCCAUUAGUACUGAUGUUAGAGCACGUGCAGAAGCUAAAUGUGACAAUGAUCCAGAAGAUGGUGGUAACAGUGCUAGUCAUUGUGCUUCUAGUGAAUUUACUGACCGCUCGCUGUAUGAGGACUCCCAGUUGGGUACAGGUUCAGCAGCAUUGGGCAGUGGAUCAGCUUUGUCUGGUUCUUUAGGCUCUGGCUCCAACGAGACUUCUGGUUGUGGCACAGGUAGUGGCAAAAGCAGCAAGGAUUCUGCCAGUAAUGAUUCUUCUGAAGCUUCCAAGGAAGAGAAGAAUCAAGAAGCAGAAGAAAAAGGGACAGCUCAUAAAUCCAACCAUGAGUCAGCCAGGAUGAUGAUGGAUCACACACCUGAGCGAGUUCUAAUGACUUACCAAAUGCCUAACAGAAUUAAAGAGGAAGUUUUAAAGGAGGAUCUGGAGAAGCUGAUAGUUAUGCGAAAGCAGCAGCCUUGGUUUACAGAUGGGCAAAAGAAGGAGCUUGCAGAGGUGCAUACGUGGAUCCGGACCCAGACUGUCCCGCUGCAAAUCAGCACCCAAGGCUGUGUUACAUGUGACAUCAUGGAAGCGAGUUGUGAGGCUGCAAUGGCUGAUGACAAUAUGGAAAACAAGGGAAAAUAGUCUCCGCUCCUGCAGCGCUGA